AAGCUUUAAGCUCUAACUGUUGGAAGGUUUAUAAAAAUGUGAAAAUAUGCAAUUCAAUCCGAAAAGAAGAAAACAUUUCAAAGUUUAUUUAUUUAUUCAAUUUGGGACGGCUAAACGCCGUGCCAACAAUCAACCCACAAAAAUCCAGCAUGGAUUAGGUAGGAACUACACCCCCCACACAAAAAAAAAAAAAAACUUUGUUUAUAUUUAAUUUCCGGAAUUCGCUGUUCCAAAACCUGAAGAUAAACAUGGAAUCUGAAGCAUCCAAUGUUGGAAGUUCUCUGCUGGUGCCUAGUGUUCAAGAGCUCGCUAAACAACCCUUAUCCGGCAUUCCCAACAGGUAUCUCCGCCCUGAACUUGAACAAGAUGUGGUUGCCGACGGCGGUGGUCCGGUGUUAGAAAUCCCGGUUAUUGAUAUGCAGAAAUUGGUCUCUGAAGAACCAAUGAAUUCCGAACUCGAUAAGCUUGAUUUUGCUUGUAAAGAAUGGGGUUUCUUCCAGCUCGUGAACCAUGGAGUGAGCUUAACUUUGUUGGAGAAAGUAAAUACCCAGAUUCAGGACUUCUUCAACCUCCCAAAGGAAGAGAAGAACAGAUUUUGGCAGUAUCCAGGACAAGUUGAAGGAUUUGGGCAAAGUUUUGUCGUGUCUGAAGAUCAAAAGCUUGAUUGGGCUGACAUCUUUUACAUUCUCACUCUUCCACUCCAUCUUAGAAAGCCUCACUUGUUCCACAACCUCCCUCUUCCUUUGAGAGAUACAUUGGAGUCUUACUCAUCUGAGUUAAACAAUCUCUUCAAGGCUAUCCUUGCAAAGAUAGUAGAAGCUCUUAGUAUGAAAACUGAGGAAAUGGAGGAGUUUAUUGGAGAGGGAAGGCAAUCAAUUAGGGUGAACUAUUACCCACCUUGUCCUUUACCCGAGCAGGUCGUCGGCCUCACCCCUCAUUCCGAUGCUUCCAUCAUAACUAUUUUGCUUCAGCUCAAUGAAGUGGAAGGUCUACAAAUAAGGAAAGAUGGGAAGUGGGUUCCUGUUAAACCCCUUCCGAAUGCCUUCAUCGUAAACAUCGGAGACCUUUUGGAGAUUAUAACAAAUGGAACAUACCGUAGCAUCGAACAUCGUGCCACCGUGAACUCCGAAAGGGAAAGGCUCUCAUUUGCCACAUUCUGUGGCCCAAGGAAUGAUGGCGAAAUAGGCCCUGCGCAAAGCUUGAUCUCUGAACAAAGACCUGCAAUGUUUAGGAGAGUGGAAGUCAAAGAAUACUACAAAGGCCUAUUUGCUCGUAAGCUUCAGGGAAAAUCAUAUCUUGAUUUCAUGAGAAUACAACAUAAUUAAGAACGAAAUCAGUUGAUUUUCUAGUAGAUAUAAUGCAACAAUUGAAGGAAAACGAUCCUAAAUAUUAUGGAUCUAAGUCUUUAGAAUAAAACUGCAUACAUAUAUAAGCAUGUAUGUAUAUGCUAUCAUUGAACCUUAUAGAAACCCAAAGCAAGUAUACUUGCAUAAACUUGCAAAUAUAUAAA